GUAGGAACAGAUGCACCCACUUCUCUCCAGCCGAAGAUGUCUGACAAUGCCGAGUCCCCAACAGAAACGCAGAAGGAGGAUGCGCAGUCGCCACCAAGUGACGCAGGGGCAAGUGAAGACAAGAAGAAAAUUGACGUGCUUUUAAAAGCUGUGGGCGACACUCCAAUAAUGAAAACAAAAAAAUGGGCGGUGGACAGAGGAAGGACAGUGAUCUCACUCUCUCAGUUCAUCGCUCGCUUCCUUAAAAUGGAUGCAAAUGAGCAACUGUUCAUCUACGUGAACCAGUCUUUUUCUCCGUCACCAGACCAAGAAGUGGGAACACUUUUUGAUUGUUUCGGCAGUGACGGCAAGUUGGUUUUACAUUAUUGCAAGUCCCAGGCGUGGGGUUGAGACACAUCUGGAACAUCACAGCCUGCUCAUAAUGUGUCUUUUUAUAUCUUGUACAUGUUGUAAAUAAAUCAAAUCAAAC